AUCUUUAUCACAGUGAACUGUCUGAGUACAGACUUCUCAUCUCAGAAGGGGGUGAAAGGUCUUCCUCUGAUGAUCCAGAUUGACACCUACAGUUACAACAACCGCAGCAACAAGCCCCUCCACAGAGCCUACUCUCAGAUCAAGGUCUUCUGUGACAAGGUGAGUCUCUCUCUCUCUGACCUCUGACCUCUAACUCCUUCAUAACCCAUUUCACUAAUUAACUUUUAUUCCUAAAGAGCUGCAUUUAGAUCUUCAGAUCCCCUCCUUGCACUAGGAUUCAUCCUCCCCUGUACUGUUAGAAUCUCAAAUAGAGUCCAGAGUUUCUGACACUCUGCCUCCCCCAGGUGGCUUCUGCAUAUAAAACAAUCUCCUUAGUUAAAUGAUAGUCUGUUCUCACAGCAGAGCGUCUGGAGAGAGAGACUAGUUACAGACUGUAAUAAUUCUCAUCAGUGCUGUUGGAUGUGAAGCGCUGCACCAGCCAUCCACUGCAUUCAGUUGAUGAAUCCAUCCACCACGCAGGCAGAGAGGAAGCCAGCCAGCCACGCAGGCAGAGAGGAAGCCAGCCAGCCACGCAGGCAGGGAGGAAGCCAGCAGCCACGCAGCAGGGAGGAAGCAGCCAGCCACGCAGGCAGGGAGGAAGCCAGCCAGCACGCAGGCAGGGAGGAAGCCAGCCAGCCAACGCAGGCAGGGAGGAAGCCACCCAGCCAGCCACGCAGGCAGGAGGAAGCCAGCCAGCCACGAGGCAGGAGGAAGCCAGCCAGCCACGCAGGCAGGGAGGAAGCCAGCCAGCCAGCCACUCAGGCAGGAGGAAGCCAGCCAGCCAGCCACGCAGGCAGGGAGGAAGCCAGCCAGCCACGCAGGCAGGGAGGAAGCCAGCCAGAAACGCAGGCAGGGAGGAAGCCACCCAGCCAGGCACGCAGGCAGGGAGGAAGCCAGCCCGCCAGCCACGCAGGCAGGGAGGAAGCCAGCCAGCCACGCAGGCAGGGAGGAAGCCAGCCAGGCACGCAGGCAGGGAGGGAGCCGGCCAGCCAGCCACGGAGGCAGGGAGGAAGGCAGCCAGGCACGCAGGCAGGGAGGAAGCCGGCCAGCAGCCACGCAGGCAGGGAGGAAGCCGGCCAGCAGCCACGCAGGCAGGAGGAAGCCGGCCAGCAGCCACGCACGCAGGGAGGAAGCCAGCCAGCCACGCAGGCAGGGAGGAAGCCAGCCAGCCAGCCACGCAGGCAGGGAGGAAGCCAGCCAGCCAGCCACGCAGGCAGGGAGGAAGCCAGCCAGCCACAGGCAGGGAGAAGCCAGAAACGAAUGGCAGGAGGAAGCCAGCCCGCCAGCCCACGCAGGCAGGAGGAAGGGAGCCAGGCACGCAGGCAGGGAGGAAGCCAGCCAGCCAUCGGAGCCAGGCAGUGAGGAAGCCACCAGCACGCAGGAAGGGGGAAGCCAUCCCAUCCAUCCUCCCAUCAUCCAUCCAUCCAUUCAUUCACUCAUUCAUUUCUUAAUACAUCCAUUUAUCCACUCAUAAAAACAACAACUAUUUUCUACAUUGUAGAAUAAUAGUGAAGACAUCAAAACUAUGAAAUAACACAUAUGGAAUCAUGUAGUAACCAAAAAAGUGUUAAACAAAUCAAAAUAUAUUUUGUAUUUGAGAUUCUUCAAAUAGCCACCCUUUGCCUUGAUGACAGCUUUGCACACUCUGGCAUUCUCUCAACCAGCUUCACCUGGAAUGCUUUUCCAACAGUCUUGAAGGAGUUCCCACAUAUGCUGAGCACUUGUUGGCUGCUUUUCCUUCACUCUGCCGUCCGACUCAUUCCAAACCAUCUCAGUUGGGUGGAGGUCGGGGGCUUGUGGAGGCCAGGUCAUCUGAUGCAGCACUCCAUCACUCUCCUUCUUGGUAAAAUAGCCUUUACACAGCCUGGAGGUGUGUUGAGUCAUUGUCCUGUUGAAAAACAAAUGAUAGUCCCACUAAGCCCAAACCAGAUGGGAUGGCGUAUCACUGCAGAAUGCUUUGGUAGCCAUACUGGUUAAGAGUGCCUUGAAUUCUAAAUAAAUCACAGACAGUGUCACCAGCAAAGCACCCCAACACCAUAACACCUCCUCCUCCAUGCUUUAUGGUGGGAUAUACACAUGCAGAGAUCACCUGCUCACCCACACCGCGUCUCACAAAGACACGGCGGACUCCAGACCAAAGGACACAUUUCCACCGGUCUAAUGUCCAUUGCUCGUGUUUCUUGGCCCAAGCAAGUCUCUUCUUCUUAUUGGUGUCCUUUAGCAGUGGUUUCUUUGCAGCAAUUCGACCAUGAAGGCCUGAUUCACACAGUUUCCUCUGAACAGUUGAUGUUGAGAUGUGUCUGUUACUUGAACUCUGUGAAGCAUUUGUUUGGGCUACAAUUUCUGAGGCUGGUAACGCAUUCAUUUAUUAAUCCAUCCAUCCACUCAUUUAUUAAUCCAUCCCUCCAUCCACUCAUUCAUUUAUUAAUCCAUCCAUCCACUCAUUCAUUUAUUAAUCCAUCCAUCCAUCCACUCAUUCAUUUAUUAAUCCAUCCAUCUAUCCACUCAUUCAUUUAUUAAUCCAUCCAUCCACUCAUUAAUUUAUUAAUCCAUUGAUCAUCCAUCCUACCAUCCAUCCAUUCACUCAUUCAUUUAUUAAUCCAUCCAUACAUCCAUGCAUUCAUUUAUUAAUCCGUCCACUCAUUUAAUAAUCCUUCCAUUCAUCCACUCAUUCAUUCAUUUAUUAAUCCUUCCAUCCAUCCAUCCACUCAUUCAUUUAUUAAACCAUCCAUCCACUUAUUCAAUUAUUAAUCCAUUCAUCCGUCCAGUCAUUCAUAUAUUAACCCAUCCUUCCAUCAACUCAUUAAAUUAUUAAACCAUCCAUCUAUCCACUCCUUAAUUUAUUAAUCCAUCCAUCGUCCAUUGAUUCAUUUAUUGAUCCAUCCAUGCAUCCACUCAUUCAUUUAUUGAUCCAUCAUUCCAUCCACUCAUUUAUUUAUUAAUCCAUCUGUCCACUCAUUUAUUUGUCUGUUUGUUCCAGGGAGCUGAGAGGAAGAUAAGAGAUGAGGAAAGGAAACAGAACCGCAAGAAGACUAAAGGUUAGACACCAAAUGACCUGUACUGUUACCUGUACUGUUACCUACACUGUUACCUGUACUGUUACCUGUACUGUUACCUACACUGUUACCUACACUGUUACCUGUAUUGUUACCUACACUGUUACCUACACUGUUACCUACACUGUUACCUGUACUGUUACCUACACUGUUACCUACACUGUUACCUGUACUGUUACCUGUACUCUUACCUGUAUAGUUACCUACACUGUUACCUACACUGUUACCUACACUGUUACCUGUACUGUUACCUACACUGUUACCUGUACUGUUACCUACACUUUUACCUGUAUUGUUACCUACACUGUUACCUACACUGUUACCUACACUGUUACCUGUCCCGUUACCUUUACUGUUACCUACAAAUGUUACCUACACUGUUACCUACAAAUGUUACCUGUACUGUUACCUAUACUGUUACCUGUAAUGUUACCUACACUGUUUUCUACCUGUUACCGUAUUGUUCAUUUCACUGUUACAUACCCCUGUACCUGUACUGUUCCUACACAGUUACCUACACUGUUUACUACACUGUUACCUGUACUGUUACCUACCCCUGUUACCUGUAUGUUCCUACACUGUUUACCUACACUGUUACCUGUACUGUUACCUACACUGUUACCACACUGUUACCUACACUAUUACCUACACUGUUACCCGUAUUGUACCUACACUGUUACCUACACUGUUACCCCACACUGUUACCUGUAUUGUUACCUACACUGUUACCUUACACUGUUACCUGUAAAUGUUACCGUACACUGUUACCUACACUUGUUACCUACACUGUUACCUGUACUGUUCCUACACUGUUACCUACACUGUUACCUGUAUGUUACCUACACUGUUACCUACACUGUUACCUACACUGUUACCUUAUGUUUUCCUACAUGUUACCACACACUGUUACCUACACUGUUACCUGUACUGUUACCUACACUGUUACCUACACUGUUACCUACACUGUUACCUACACUGUUACUACACUGUUUACCUACACUGUUACCUGUACUGUUACCUAUACUGUUAAACCGUACUGUUACCUACACUGUUACAUACACUGUUCCUGUAUUGUUACCUACACUUUACCUACACUGUUACCUGUACUGUUACCUACACUGUUACCUGUAUUGUUACCCUACACUUACCUACACUGUUACCUGUACUGUUACCUACACUGUUAACCUGUAUUGUUACCUACACGUUACCUACAAAUGUUACCUGUACUGUUACCUACACUGUUACCUACACGGUUUCUACACUGUUACCUACACUGUUACCUGUAUUGUUACCUACACUGUUACCUACAUGUUACCCCACUGUUUACCUGUUUGUUACCUACACGGUUACCCACACUGUUACCUACACUGUUACCUGUAUUGUUACCUACACUGUUAAACCCACACUGUACCUACACUGUUACCUGUACUGUUUACCUACACUGUUACCUACACUGUUACCUACACUGUUACAUUUCACUGUUACCUACACGUUACCUACACGGGUUUCCUGUACUGUUACCUGUAUUGUUACCUAACUCUUACCUGUAUGUUUACCUACACUGUUUACCUAUUGUUACCUACACGUUACCUGUACUGUUACCUACACUGUUACCUGUACUGUUACCUACACUUUUUACCUGUAUUGUUACCUACACCCGUUACCUACACUGUUACCUACACUGUUACCUGGUACUGUUAAACCCGUACUUUACCUACACUGUUACCUACCUGUACCUACACGUUACCUUAUGUUACCUAUACUGUUUCCUGUACUGUUACCUACACUGUAACAUACACUGUUCCUGUAUUGGUACCUACAAGUUACCUACACUGUUACCUGUAUGUUACCUACACUGUUACCUACACUGUUACCUGUACUGUUUACCUACACUGUUACCUGUAUUGUUACCUACACUGUUACCUACACUGUUACCUGUACUGUUACCUACACUGUUACCUACACUGUUACCUGUACUGUUACCUACACUGUUACCUACACUGUUACCUACACUGUUACCUGUAUUGUUACCUACACUGUUACCUGUAUUGUUACCUGUAUUGUUACCUGUAUUUUUACCUACACUGUUACCUGUAUUGUUACCUACACUGUUACCUACACUGUUACCUACACUGUUACCUGUAUUGUUACCUACACUGUUACCUACACUGUUACCUGUACUGUUACCUACACUGUUACCUACACUGUUACCUACACUGUUUUCCUUACUGUUACCUACACUGUUACACUUUCACGUUACCUGUACUGUUACCUACCUGUUACCCCACACUGUUACUGUACUGUUUCCUACCUGUUACCCUACAUGUUACUACACUGUUACCUGACUGUUACCUACACUGUUACCUACAGUUUACCUACACUUUUUACCUACAACUGUUACCUACACUGGUUUUCUGUACUGUUACCUGUACUCCCUUCCUGUAUUGUUUCCUACACUGUUACCUACACUGUUACCUACACUGUUACCUGUACGUUACCUACACCCGUUACCUGGGACUGUUAACCUACACUUUUACCUGUAUGUUACCUACACUGUUACCUACAUGUUACCUUACGUUACCCGUUUCUGUUACCUACACUGUUCCUACCUGUACCCUACACUGUUACCUGUACUGUUACCUAUACGUUACCUGUACUGUUUUCCUACACUGUUACAUACACUGUUACCUGUAUUGUUACCUACACUGUUACCUACACUGUUACUGUACUGUUACCUACACUGUUUCCCGUAUUGUUACCUACACUGUUACCUACACUUACUUACUGUGUUACCUACACUGUUUUCUGUAUUGUUACCCUUUCACUGUUACAACACUGUUACCUGUACUGUUACCUACAAUGUUACCACACUGUUACCUACACUGUUACCUACACUGUUACCGUUUUUUUUACCUACACUGUUACCUACACUGUUACCUACACGGUUACCUGAUUGUUACCUACACUGUUACCCCCACACGGUUACCUACACUGUUACCACCUGUAUUGUUACCUUUCCACUGUUACCUACACUGUUACCUACACUGUUACCUGUACUGUUACCUACACUGUUACCUACACUGUUACCUACACUGUUACCUACACUGUUACCUGUACUGUUACCUGUAUUGUUACCUACACUCUUACCUGUAUUGUUACCUACACUGUUACCUACAUUGUUACCUACACUGUUACCUGUACUGUUACCUACACUGUUACCUGUACUGUUACCUACACUUUUACCUGUAUUGUUACCUACACUGUUACCUACACUGUUACCUACACUGUUACCUGUACUGUUACCUGUACUGUUACCUACACUGUUACCUACACUGUUACCUGUACUGUUACCUAUACUGUUACCUGUACUGUUACCUACACUGUUACAUACACUGUUACCUGUAUUGUUACCUACACUGUUACCUACACUGUUACCUGUAUUGUUACCUACACUGUUACAUACACUGUUACCUGUACUGUUACCUACACUGUUACCUGUAUUGUACCUACACUGUUACCCACAAAUGUUACCUACACUGUUACCUGUAUGGGUUUCCUACACUGUUACCCGUACUGUACCUACACUGUUAAACCUACAACGGGUUUCCUGUAUUGUUACCUACACGUUACCGUAUUUUUCCUACACUGUUACCUACACUGUUUCCUACACUGUUACCCCGUUAUUGUUACCCUACACUUUACCUACACUGUUACCUGUACUGUUACCCUGUACUGUACUGUACCCGUUACCUAAAACCGUUACCACCACUGGGUUCCCUACACUGUUACCUGUACGGGUUUCCUAUACCUGUUACCUGUACUUUACCUAAAACUGUUACCUGUAUUUUUUACCUACACUGUUACCUAAAACUGUUACCUACACUGUUACCUACACUGUUUUCCUGUAUUGUUACCUACACUGUUACCCGACUGUUACUACACUGUUACCUACACGUUACCUUAUUGUGUUACCUACACGUUACCUGUACUGUUACCUACACUGUUACCUGUAUUGUUACCUACACUGUUACCACACUGUAUUUUUACCUACACUGUUACCUACACUGUUACCUACACUGUUACCUGUACUGUUACCUACACUGUUACCCGUACUGUUACCUACACUGUUACCUACACUGUUACCUACACUGUUACCUACACUGUUACCUACACUGUUACCUGUAUUGUUACCUACACUGUUACCUGUAUUGUUACCCCGUUGUUACCUGUAUUUUACCUACACUGUUACCUGUAUUGUUACCUACACUGUUACCUACACUGUUACCUGUACUGUUACCUACACUGUUACCUACACUGUUACCUACACUGUUACCUGUACUGUUACCUACACUGUUACCUACACUGUUACCUGUACUGUUACCUACACUCUUACCUACACUGUUACCUACACUGUUACCUGUACUGUUACCUACACUGUUACCUACACUGUUACCUACACUGUUACCUGUACUGUUACCUACACUGUUACCUACACUGUUACCUGUACUGUUACCUACACUGUUACCUACACUGUUACCUACACUUUUACCUGUACUGUUACCUACACUGUUACCUGUAUUGUUACCUACACUGUUACCUGUACUGUUACCUACACUGUUACCUACACUGUUACCUGUAAUGUUACCUGUAAUGUUACCUACACUGUUACCUACACUGUUACCUGUACUGUUACCUACACUGUUACCUACACUGUUACCUACACUGUUACAUGUACUAUUACUUACACUGUUCCCUGCACUUGGUGGCAUACAACCUAACGUUUCAGGCUAAAAUUACAUCCAGACAUCAUGGAUGAAGAGACAGUGUUGCAAUUGUCUUGUUUUGAAACUAUUUGUAUGUGAUUUAAAGGGUCAAUCUGCAGUCCAAACAAUAAGAAAGCGUCCACCCCUGAGCUGAGGGAUCGGGCUGGAGAUGUGCCUGCAUGUGGCUGCUCACUCCGUACAGGUGUUCUAACCACUGGUAUGUGUUCCAGGGAAGGAUGGAGGGCUGGGGGUGAUAAGUCUCCCUAAGAAGCCUGACAGCACCUACUUCAAGACCCUGACUGACCUGGACGCCCAGCCUGUACUCUUCAUCCCUGACGUCCACUUCGGAAACCUGCAGAGGGCUGGACAGGUCAGAUACACAUCAGGGGUGCGUCCCAAAUGGUAUCCUAUUCCCUUUAUAGUGCACUUCAUAGGGAAUAGGGUGCCAUUUGGGACAGGAAUAGGAAAGCUAAUCAAGUCAACUUUUUAAAAGAUCAAUUUAACGAUAUUUUCAACGACCAACAGUAGCCUACACAUGAACUUAAUGUGUUAGGCUGGAGUCUGUCAAGGGUCUGCUGUUCCUAAAUCUAACAUGAUUGGUACUGUAGAAUCAAUGUCUGGCUAUAGACUGUGUUUAAACAGAUAACCAGCGCGCUAACUAAAACUGCCUUACCUUUCAGAGUGCCCAUUGGAAUCUGUAGAUUAGAAUAUGUCACAACUUCCUUCACCAUCUGUCUCAUCAGACCUUUGCUGAUACAUUAUGGGUCUAAAGAUGCCUUGGUUAACUUAUCACUGAUCUGAUACAUUAUGGGUCUAAAGAUGCCUUGGUUAACUUAUCACUGAUCUGAUACAUUAUGGGUCUAAAGAUUCCUUGGUUAACUUAUCACUGAUCUGAUACAUUAUGGGUCUAAAGAUGCCUUGGUUAACUUAUCACUGAUCUGAUACAUUAUGGGUCUAAAGAUUCCUUGGUUAACUUAUCACUGAUCUGAUACAUUAUGGGUCUAAAGAUGCCUUGGUUAACUUAUCACUGAUCUGAUACAUUAUGGGUCUAAAGAUGCCUUGGUUAACUUAUCAAUGAUCUGAUACAUUAUGGGUCUAAAGAUGCCUUGGUUAACUUAUCACUGAUCUGAUACAUUAUGGGUCUAAAGAUGCCUUGGUUUAACUUAUCACUGAUCUGAUACAUUAUGGGUCUAAAGAUGCCUUGGUUAACUUAUCAAUGAUCUGAUACAUUAUGGGUCUAAAGAUGCCUUGGUUAACUUAUCAAUGAUCUGAUACAUUAUGGGUCUAAAGAUGCCUUGGUUAACUUAUCAAUGAUCUGAUACAUUAUGGGUCUAAAGAUGCCUUGGUUAACUUAUCACUGAUCUGAUACAUUAUGGGUCUAAAGAUGCCUUGGUUAACUUAUCACUGAUCUGAUACAUUAUGGGUCUAAAGAUGCCUUGGUUAACUUAUCACUGAUCUGAUACAUUAUGGGUCUAAAGAUGCCUUGGUUAACUUAUCAAUGAUCUGAUACAUUAUGGGUCUAAAGAUGCCUUGGUUAACUUAUCAAUGAUCUGAUACAUUAUGGGUCUAAAGAUGCCUUGGUUAACUUAUCAAUGAUCUGAUACAUUAUGGGUCUAAAGAUUGCCUUGGUUAACUUAUCACUGAUCUGAUACAUUAUGGGUCUAAAGAUGCCUUGGUUAACUUAUCACUGAUCUGAUACAUUAUGGGUCUAAAGAUGCCUUGGUUAACUUAUCACUGAUCUGAUACAUUAUGGGUCUAAAGAUGCCUUGGUUAACUUAUCACUGAUCUUUGUAGAGAAUCUAGAGAUCAGUUUGCAGACACUUGGAUGUCUCCUCUUGUAACCAAGUCUAUGGGUUUCCAUCAGGAAGAGUUUUUAGGGCCACAUCUUUUAUUGACUUUUUACAGAUUGUCAAAUAUGCCUAUAAGCUAUUUGAGGGUUAGAUACAUAACGUGUUUAGAUUUCUGUUUCAUAUUUGCCUAUGGUUUGUACAUACUCAAAGCUGAUGUUGCCAAUGUGCUUUUCCUUCCCAGGUAUUUGCCUUUAACACAGAAGAGCUUGAGAGAGGAGGGUGAGUUUCCACACAUGGACACACAUUCACAUACAAAUAUACACUGAGUGUAUGGAACAUUAAGAGCACCUUCCUGAUAUUGAGUUGCACCCCCUUUUGCCCUCAGAACAGCCUCAAUUCGUCGGGGCAUGGACUCCACAAGGUGUCGAAAGCGUUCCACAGGGAUGCUGGCCCAUGUUGACUCCAAUGCUUCCCACAGUUGUGUCAAGUUGGCUGGAUGUAUUUUGGGUGGUGGACCAUUCUUGAUACACACGGUAAACUGUUUAACGUGAAAAACCCAGCAGCGUUGCAGUUCUUGACACACUCAAACCGGUGCGCCUGGCACCUACUACCAUACCCCGUUCAAAGGCACUUCAAUCUUUUGUCUUGCCCAUUCACCCUCUGAUUGGCACACAUACACAACCCAUGUCUCAAUUGGCUCAAGGCUUAGAAAUCCUUCUUUAACCUGUCUCAUCCCCUUCAUCUACACUGAUUGAAGUGGAUUUAACAAGUGACAUCAAUAAGGGAUCAUAGCUUUCACCUGGAUUCACCUGGUCAGUCUAUGUCAUGGAAAGAGCAGUUGUUUCUAAUGUUUUGUACACUCAGUGUAAACUUCACAUAUGUAAAACAGGACCAACUACAACACAAACACAAACAAAAUCUGAUCGUGGAUUUGGACAAUACGCCAUUUAGAGGUAAUUUUUGAUUACAUUUAUAUUUGAGUCUUUUAGCAGACACUCUUAUCCAGAGCGACUUACAGUUAGUGAGUGCAUACAUUUUUCAUACUGGCCCCCCGUGGGAAUCGAACCCACAACCCUGGCAUUGCAAGCGCCAUGCUCUACCCACUGAGCUACAGGGGGCCUGUGAUUAAGCCGACAUAUGCAGUGUUCAGCAUGAAUGUGGUCUCCACGAAUGUUGGAACAUUGCCUUUAAAAUGCCAACAAAGCGUGAUGGGGUUGAAUCCCAGCCUCAGAGAGAGCCCUGUUGUUGGGGAUAGAGAGUGGAUCCUGUCUGUGAUGUGGGGUUGAAUCCCAGCCUCAGAGAGAGCCCUGUUGUUGGGGAUAGAGAGUGGAUCCUGUCUGUGAUGUGGGGUUGAAUCCCAGCCUCAGAGAGAGCCCUGUUGUUGGGGAUAGAGAGUGGAUCCUGUCUGUGAUGUGGGGUUGAAUCCCAGCCUCAGAGAGAGCCCUGUUGUUGGGGAUAGAGAGUGGAUCCUGUCUGUGAUGUGGGGUUGAAUCCCAGCCUCAGAGAGAGCCCUGUUGUUGGGGAUAGAGAGUGGAUCCUGUAUGUGAUGUGGGGUUGAAUCCCAGCCUCAGAGAGAGCCCUGUUGUUGGGGGAUAGAGAGUGGAUCCUGUCUGUGAUGUGGGGUUGAAUCCCAGCCUCAGAGAGAGCCCUGUUGUUGGGGUAGAGAGUGGAUCCUGUCUGUGAUGUGGGGUUGAAUCCCAGCCUCAGAGAGAGCCCUGUUGUUGGGGAUAGAGAGUGGAUCCUGUCUGUGAUGUGGGGUUGAAUCCCAGCCUCAGAGAGAGCCCUGUUGUUGGGGAUAGAGAGUGGAUCCUGUCUGUGAUGUGGGGUUGAAUCCCAGCCUCAGAGAGAGCCCUGUUGUUGGGGAUAGAGAGUGGAUCCUGUCUGUGAUGUGGGGUUGAAUCCCAGCCUCAGAGAGAGCCCUGUUGUUUGGGAUAGAGAGUGGAUCCUGUCUGUGAUGUGGGGUUGAAUCCCAGCCUCAGAGAGAGCCCUGUUGUUGGGGAUAGAGAGUGGAUCCUGUCUGUGAGUGUGGGUUGUAAUCCCAGCCUCAGAGAGAGCCCUGUUGUUGGGGAUAGAGAGUGGAUCCUGUCUGUUGGGGAUAGAGAGUGGAUCCUGUCUGUUGGGGAUAGAGAGUGGAUCCUGUCUGUUGGGGAUAGAGAGUGGAUCCUGUCUGUUGGGGAUAGAGAGUGGAUCCUGUCUGUUGGGGAUAGAGAGUGGAUCCUGUCUGUUGGGGAUAGAGAGUGGAUCCUGUCUGUUGGGGAUAGAGAGUGGAUCCUGUCUUUGAUGUGUGAUGAGUGUGUGUGUGAGUUAGAGGUCUGACUGGUCUGUUGUUGUUGUUGUUGUUGUUGUUGUUGUUGUUGUGUCCAUCAUGCAGGAGUGUGUUGGUGAAGAGGAUGUUCAGACCGUCAGAGGACGACCUCUCACCUCCGCCCCACAAACAGAUCAAAGAGGAAACGCACAAGAGAGGUACCAGUCUAUAUACCCUCUACAGAGAGGUACCAGUCUAUAUAACCUCUACAGAGAGGUACCAGUCUAUAUAACAGAGAGGUACCAGUCUAUAUAACCUCUACAGAGAGGUACCAGUCUAUAUAACAGAGAGGUACCAGUCUAUAUAACCUCUACAGAGAGGUACCAGUCUAUAUAACAGAGAGGUACCAGUCUAUAUAACCUCUACAGAGAGGUACCAGUCUAUAUAACAGAGAGGUACCAGUCUACAUAACAGAGAGGUACCCAGUCUAUAUACCCUCUACAAGAGGUACCAGUCUAUAUAACCUCUACAGAGAGGUACCAGUUCUAUAUAACAGAGAGGUACCAGUCCUAUAUAACCUCUACAGAGAGUACCAGUCUAUAUAACAGAGAGGUACCAGUCUAUAUAACCUCUACAGAGGGUACCAGUCUAUAUACAGAGAGGUACCAGUCUAUAUAACCUCUACAGAGAGGUACCAGUCUAUAUAACAGAGAGGUAACCAGUCUAUAUAACCUCUACAUAGAGGUACCCAGUCUAUAUAACAGAGAGGUUACCAGUCCAUAUACCCUCUACAGGGAGGUACCAGUCUAUAUAACAGAGAGGUACCGAGUCUAUAUAACCUCUACAGAGAGGUACCAGUCUAUAUAACAAGAGGUACCAGUCCUAUAUACCUCUACAGGGAGGUACCAGUCUAUAUAACAGAGAGGUACCAGUCUAUAUAACCUCUACAGAGAGGUACCAGUCUAUAUACCCUCUACAGAGAGGUACCAGUCUAUAUACCCUAUACAGGGAGGUACCAGUCUAUAUAACAGAGAGGUACCAGUCUAUAUAACCUCUACAGAGAGGUACCAGUCUAUAUAACCUCUACAGAGAGGUACCAGUCUAUAUACCCUCUACAGGGAGGUACCAGUCUAUAUAACAGAGAGGUACCAGUCUAUAUAACCUCUACAGGGAGGUACCAGUCUAUAUAACCUCUACAGGGAGGUACCAGUCUAUAUAACAGAGAGGUACCAGUCUAUAUAACCUCUACAGGGAGGUACCAGUCUAUAUAACCUCUACAGGGAGGUACCAGUCUAUAUAACAGAGAGGUACCAGUCUAUAUACCCUCUACAGGGAGGUACCAGUCUAUAUAACAGAGAGGUACCAGUCUAUAUACCCUCUACAGGGAGGUACCAGUCUAUAUAACAGAGAGGUACCAGUCUAUAUAACAGAGAGGUACCAGUCUAUAUAACAGAGAGGUACCAGUCUAUAUAACCUCUACAGAAAGGUACCAGUCUAUAUACCCUCUACAGGGAGGUACCAGUCUAUAUAACAGAGAGGUACCAGUCUAUAUAACCUCUACAGAGAGGUACCAGUCUAUAUAACAGAGAGGUACCAGUCUAUAUAACCUCUACAGGGAGGUACCAGUCUAUAUACCCUCUACAGAGAGGUACCAGUCUAUAUACCCUCUACAGAGAGGUACCAGUCUAUAUAACAGAGAGGUACCAGUCUAUAUAACCUCUACAGAGAGGUACCAGUCUAUAUAACCUCUACAGAGAGGUACCAGUCUAUAUACCCUCUACAGAGAGGUACCAGUCUAUAUAACAGAGAGGUACCAGUCUAUAUAACAGAGAGGUACCAGUCUAUAUAACAGAGAGAUACCAGUCUAUAUACCCUCUACAGGGAGGUACCAGUCUAUAUAACAGAGAGGUACCAGUCUAUAUAACCUCUACAGAGAGGUACCAGUCUAUAUAACCUCUACAGAGAGGUACCAGUCUAUAUACCCUCUACAGAGAGGUACCAGUCUAUAUAACCAGAGAGGUACCAGUCUAUAUAACAGAGAGGUACCAGUCUAUAUACCCUCUACAGAGAGGUACCAGUCUAUAUAACCUCUACAGAGAGGUACCAGUCUAUAUAACCUCUACAGGGAGGUACCAGUCUAUAUAACAGAGAGGUACCAGUCUAUAUACCCUCUACAGGGAGGUACCAGUCUAUAUAACAGAGAGGUACCAGUCUAUAUACCCUCUACAGAGAGGUACCAGUCUAUAUAACAGAGAGGUACCAGUCUAUAUAACCUCUACAGGGAGGUACCAGUCUAUAUAACAGAGAGGUACCAGUCUAUAUAACAGAGAGGUACCAGUCUAUAUAACAGAGAGGUACCAGUCUAUAUAUCAGAGAGGUACCAGUCCUAUACCUCUACAGAGAGUACCAGUCUAUAUAACCUCUACAGAGAGGUACCAGUCUAUAUAACCUCUAAAGAGAGGUACCAGUCUAUAUAACAGAGAGGUACCAGUCUAUAUAACCUCUACAGAGAGGUACCAGUCUAUAUGACAGAGAGGUACCAGUCUAUAUAACAGAGAGGUACCAGUCUAUAUAACCUCUACAGAGAGGUACCAGUCUAUAUAACCUCUACAGAGAGGUACCAGUCUAUAUAACAGAGAGGUACCAGUCUAUAUACCCUCUACAGGGAGGUACCAGUCUAUAUAACAGAGAGGUACCAGUCUAUAUACCCUCUACAGGGAGGUACCAGUCUAUAUAACAGGGAGGUACCAGUCUAUAUAACCUCUACAGGGAGGUACCAGUCUAUAUAACAGAGAGGUACCAGUCUAUAUAACCUCUACAGGGAGGUACCAGUCUAUAUACCCUCUACAGAGAGGUACCAGUCUAUAUAACAGAGAGGUACCAGUCCUAUAUAACAGAGAGGUACCAGUCUAUAUAACAGAGAGGUACCAGUCUAUAUAACAAGAGGUACCAGUCUAUAUAACCUCUACAGAAGAGGUACCAGUCUAUAUAACCUCUACAGAGAGGUACCAGUCUAUAUAACCUCUACAGAGAGGUACCAGUCUAUAUAACAGAGAGGUAACCAGUCUAUAAACCUCUACAGGGAGGUACCAGUCUAUAUAACCUCUAAAGAGAGGUACCAGUCUAUAUAACAGAGAGGUACCAGUCUAUAUUAACCUCUACAGAUAGGUACCAUUCCUAUAUAACAGAGAGGUACCAGUCUAUAAUAAACAGAGAGGUACCAGUCUAUAUAACCUCUACAGAGAGGUAACCAGUCUAUAUAAACCUCUACAGAGAGGUACCAUCUAUAUAACAGAGAGGUACCAGUCGAUAUACCCUCUACAGGGAGGUACCAGUCUAUAUAACAGAGAGGUACCAGUCUAUAUACCCUCUACAGGGAGGUACCAGUCUAUAUAACAGGGAGGUACCAGUCUAUAUAACCUCUACAGGGAGGUACCAGUCUAUAUAACAGAGAGGUACCCAGUCUAUAUAACCUCUACAGGGAUGUACCAGUCUAUAUAACCCUCUACAGAGAGGUACCAGUCUAUAUAACCUCUACAGAGAGGUACCAGUCUAUAUAACAGAGAGGUACCAGUCUAUAUAACCUCUACAGAGAGGUACCAGUCUAUAUAACAGAGAGGUACCAGUCUAUAUAACAGAGAGGUACCAGUCUAUAUAACCUCUACAGAGAGGUACCAGUCUAUAUAACAGAGAGGUUACCAGUCUAUAUAACAGAGAGGUACCAGUCUAUACUAACCUCUACAGAGAGGUACCAGUCUAUGUAACCUCUACAGGGAGGUACCAGUCUAUAAUACAGGGAGGGUACCAGUCUAUAUAACCCUACAGAGAGGUACCAGUCUAUAUAACAGAGAGGUACCAAUCUAUAUAACCUCUACAGAGAGGUACCAGACUAUAUAACCUCUACAGAGAGGUACCAGUCUAUAUAACAGAGAGGUACCAGUCUAUAUAACAGAGAGGUACCAGUCUAUAUAACAUAGAGGUACCAGUCUAUAUAACCUCUACAGAGAGGUACCAGUCUAUAUAACAGAGAGGUACCAGUCUAUAUAACAGAGAGGGUACCAGUCUAUAUAACCUCUUACAGAGAGGUACCAUCUAUAUAACCUCUACAGAGAGGUACCAGUCUAUAUACCCUCUACAGGGAAGUACCAGUCUCAUAUAACAUCUACAGAGAGGUACCAGUCUAUAUAACAGAGAGGUCCAGUCUAUAUAACAGGGGAGUACCAGUCUAUAUAACCUCUACGCGAGAGGUACCAGUCUAUAUACGUCUACAGAGAGUACCAGUCUAUAUAACAGAGAGGUACCGUCUAUAUAACCGCUACAGGGAGGUACCCAGUCUAUAAACAAGAGAGGUACCAGUCUAUAUACCCUCUACAGAAGGUCCAGUUAUAACCAGAGAGUUUACCAUCUAUAUAACAGAGAGGUAUAGAGGUACCAGUCUAUAUAACCUCUACAGAGAGGUACCAGUCUAUAUACCUCUACAGAGAGGUACCAGUCUAUAUAACCUCUACAGAGAGGUACCAGUCUCUAUAACCUCUACAGAGAGGUACCAGUCUAUAUAACAGAGAGGUACCAGUCUAUAUAGCCUCUACAGGGAGGUACCAGUCUAUAUAACAGAGAGGUACCAGUCUAUAUAACCUCUACAGGAGGUCACCAGUCUAAUAACAGAGAGGUACCAGUCUAUAUACCCUCUACAGAGAGGUACCAGUCUAUAUAACCCCUACAGAGAGGUACCAGUCUAUAUAACCUCUACAGAGAGGUACCAGUCUAUAUACCCUCUACAGAGAGGUACCAGUCUAUAUAACAGAGAGGUACCAGUCUAUAUAACAGAGAGGUACCAGUCUAUAUAACCUCUACAGAGAGGUACCAGUCUAUAUACCCUCUACAGGGAGGUACCAGUCUAUAUAACCUCUACAGAGAGGUACCAGUCUAUAUAACAGAGAGGUACCAGUCUAUAUAACCUCUACAGAGAGGUACCAGUCUAUAUAACAGAGAGGUACCAGUCUAUAUAACCUCUACAGAGAGGUACCAGUCUAUAUACCCUCUACAGAGGUACCAGUCUAUAUAACAGAGAGGUACCAGUCUAAUACCCUCUACAAGAGGUACCAGUCUAUAUAACAGAGAGGUACCAGUCUAUAUAACAGAGAGGUACCAGUCUAUAUAACAGAGAGGUACCAGUCUAUAUAACCUCUACAGAGAGGUACCAGUCUAUAUAACCUCUACAGAGAGGUACCAGUCUAUAUAACCUCUACAGAGAGGUACCAGUCUAUAUAACCUCUACAGAGAGGUACCAGUUUAUAUACAGAGAGGUACCAGUCUAUAUAACCUCUACAGGAGUACCAGUUCUAUAUAACAGAGAGGUACCAGUCUAUAUAACCUCUACAGGGAGGUACCAGUCUAUAUAACAGAGGUACCAGUCUAUAUACCUCUACAGGGAGGUACCAGUCCUAUAUAACCUCUACAGAGAGGUACCAGUCUAUAUACCCUCUACAGAGAGGUACCAGUCUAUAUAACCUCUACAGAGAGGUACCAGUCUAUAUAACCUCUACAGAGAGGUACCAGUCUAUAUACCCUCUACAGAGAGGUACCAGUCUAUAUAACAGAGAGGUACCAGUCUAUAUAACAGAGAGGUACCAGUCUAUAUACCUCUACAGAGAGGUACCAUCUAUAUAACCCUCUACAGGGAGGUACCAGUCUAUAUAACCUCUACAAGAGGUACCAGUCUAUAUAACAGAGAGUACCAGUCUAUAUAACCUCUACAGAGAGUACCAGUCUAUAUAACAGAAGGUACCAGUCUAUAAUCACCUCUAACAGAAGAGGUACCAGUCUGUAUAACCUCUACAGAGAGGUACCAUGUCUAUUACUACCCGCUAACAGAGAGGUACCACAGUCUAUAUAAGCAGAGAGGUACCAUAGUCUAUAUAACCUCUACAGAGAGGUACCAGUCUAUAUACCCUCUACAGAGAGGUACCAGUCUAUAUAACAGAGAGGUACCAGUCUAUAUACCCUCUACAGAGAGGUACCAGUCUAUAUAACAGAGAGGUACCAGUCUAUAUAGCAGAGAGGUACCAGUCUAUAUAACCUCUACAGAGAGGUACCAGUCUAUAUAACCUCUACAGAGAGGUACCAGUCUAUAUAUUCUCCUACUAUAAGAGCUCUGCUUCACAGACAACCCAAAACAACUUGAGUGGCAUAACAUUGUGAUUGUCUCCAUCUCUCCACAGUCCUGCUGUAUGUGAGGAAGGAGUCAGAUGAGGUGUUUGAUGCUCUGAUGCUCAAGUCUCCAACCCUGAGAGGCCUGGUGGACGCAGUGAGUAUCUCUUUUAAAAAUAUGUUUUAGGGUAUUGAUGCUUUAUUCAAACAGAUUACAAUCAGCAGGGCAGCCAGAUUAGGAGGAGACAACGUGGGAAGGGAGGAAAGCCCUGUUUCUGGAAUUAGACCACCAGACCAGAGGUUCUCCACCAGUUAGUUAGCACCCACAGCUUGUCAUUGAAUCUCAAUAACAUUGUCCUUCAUUCACAGAUAUCAGAGAAGUAUGGAGUUCCCACUGAGAGGAUAGCCAAGAUCUACAAGAAAAGCAAAAAAGGGUGAGUGAGAAUGGAAUUCUAUUGAACACAGCAUUAGAAUGGAAUUCUAUUGAACACAGCAUUAGAAUGGAAUUCUAUUGAACACAGCAUUAGAAUGGAAUUCUAUUGAACACAGCAUUAGAAUGGAAUUCUAUUGAACACAGCAUUAGAAUGGAAUUCUAUUGAACACAGCAUUAGAAUGAAAUUCUAUUGAACACAGCAUUAGAAUGGAAUUCUAUUGAACACAGCAUUAGAAUGGAAUUUUAUUGAGCACAGCAUUAGAAUGGAAUUCUAUUGAACACAGCAUUAGAAUGGAAUUUUAUUGAGCACAGCAUUAGAAUGGAAUUCUAUUGAACACAGCAUUAGAAUGGAAUUCUAUUGAACACAGCAUUAGAAUGGAAUUCUAUUGAACACAGCAUUAGAAUGGAAUUCUAUUGAACACAGCAUUAGAAUGGAAUUCUAUUGAACAUAGCAUUAGAAUGGAAUUAUAUUGAACACAGCAUUAGAAUGGAAUUCUAUUGAACACAGCAUUAGAAUGGAAUUCUAUUGAACACAGCAUUAGAAUGGAAUUCUAUUGAACACAGCAUUAGAAUGGAAUUCUAUUGAACACAGCAUUAGAAUGGAAUUUUAUUGAGCACAGCAUUAGAAUGGAAUUCUAUUGAACACAGCAUUAGAAUGGAAUUUUAUUGAGCACAGCAUUAGAAUGGAAUUCUAUUGAACACAGCAUUAGAAUGGAAUUUUAUUGAGCACAGCAUUAGAAUGGGAUUCUAUUGAACACAGCAUUAGAAUGGAAUUUUAUUGAACACAGCAUUAGAAUGGAAUUCUAUUGAACACAGCAUUAGAAAGGAAUUUUAUUGAACACAGCAUUAGAAUGGAAUUAUAUGAACACAGCAUUAGAAUGGAAUUCUAUUGAACACAGCAUUAGAAUGGAAUUCUAUUGAACACAGCAUUAGAAUGGAAUUCUAUUGAACACAGCAUUAGAAUGGAAUUCUAUUGAACACAGCAUUAGAAUGGAAUUCUAUUGAACACAGCAUUAGAAUGGAAUUCUAUUGAACACAGCAUUAGAAUGGAAUUCUAUUGAACACAGCAUUAGAAUGGAAUUCUAUUGAACACAGCAUUAGAAUGGAAUUUUAUUGAGCACAGCAUUAGAAUGGAAUUCUAUUGAACACAGCAUUAGAAUGGAAUUUUAUUGAGCACAGCAUUAGAAUGGAAUUCUAUUGAACACAGCAUUAGAAUGGAAUUUUAUUGAGCACAGCAUUAGAAUGGAAUUCUAUUGAACACAGCAUUAGAAUGGAAUUUUAUUGAACACAGCAUUAGAAUGGAAUUCUAUUGAACACAGCAUUAGAAUGGAAUUCUAUUGAACACAGCAUUAGAAUGGAAUUCUAUUGAACACAGCAUUAGAAUGGAAUUCUAUUGAACACAGCAUUAGAAUGGAAUUCUAUUGAACACAGCAUUAGAAUGGAAUUUUAUUGAGCACAGCAUUAGAAUGGAAUUCUAUUGAACACAGCAUUAGAAUGGAAUUUUAUUGAGCACAGCAUUAGAAUGGAAUUCUAUUGAACACAGCAUUAGAAUGGAAUUUUAUUGAGCACAGCAUUAGAAUGGAAUUCUAUUGAACACAGCAUUAGAAUGGAAUUUUAUUGAACACAGCAUUAGAAUGGAAUUCUAUUGAACACAGCAUUAGAAAGGAAUUUUAUUGAACACAGCAUUAGAAUGGAAUUCUAUUGAACACAGCAUUAGAAUGGAAUUCUAUUGAACACAGCAUUAGAAUGGAAUUCUAUUGAACACAGCAUUAGAAUGGAAUUCUAUUGAACACAGCAUUAGAAUGGAAUUCUAUUGAACACAGCAUUAGAAUGGAAUUCUAUUGAACACAGCAUUAGAAUGGAAUUCUAUUGAACACAGCAUUAGAAUGGAAUUCUAUUGAACACAGCAUUAGAAUGGAAUUUUAUUGAGCACAGCAUUAGAAUGGAAUUCUAUUGAACACAGCAUUAGAAUGGAAUUUUAUUGAGCACAGCAUUAGAAUGGAAUUCUAUUGAACACAGCAUUAGAAUGGAAUUUUAUUGAACACAGCAUUAGAAUGGAAUUCUAUUGAACACAGCAUUAGAAUGGAAUUCUAUUGAACACAGCAUUAGAAUGGAAUUCUAUUGAACACAGCAUUAGAAAGGAAUUUUAUUGAACACAGCAUUAGAAUGGAAUUCUAUUGAACACAGCAUUAGAAUGGAAUUCUAUUGAACACAGCAUUAGAAUGGAAUUCUAUUGAACACAGCAUUAGAAUGGAAUUCUAUUGAACACAGCAUUAGAAUGAAUUGAAGGAAUCUAAUCGGCUGGUGUUGCCAGACUUUGUAGUCUUGUUCUUUACUCAAACUGGUGUGAGAAGGACGGAUAUCCAGGUUCAUGACUGUCUGACAUCUUGGUAUUCCUCUGUGUUUGUGAAUGUUGGGUUUUAAACAUUUGCAGGACAGUCAAUCAGUCAAUCAGUCAAUCAGUCAAUCAGUCAAUCAAUCAGUUAACUCUCCACGUUCUCCCUUGUAGGAUCCUGGUGAACAUGGAUGACAACAUCAUAGAGCACUACUCUAAUGAAGACACCUUCAUCCUGAGUAUAAACUCGAGCACUACUCUAAUGAAGACACCUUAUACCUGA